UGAAAAGCUCGCGAACGCGAACUGUCACUUUGCUGCUUCAGGCAGCUGCCGCUGUUGUUUUCUGUUUUUCAUUUCGAAUAAAAUCGAGUGAUUGCGGUGCGCUUGGUGGAAAUCUAGAAGGAACAAACCCAUCGUCUUCAGUUCUUGGCUGUUCGUCUGGGCAAGCAAGGUCUUCGAACAAGCGAUAUCAUGGCCUUCAACUUUUCGGCAUUCAGCUACAUUGUAGCGCUAAUUAUCGACGCAUUUCUAAUCUUUUUCUCGAUAUUCCAUGUGAUUGCGUUUGAUGAGCUGAAAACGGAUUAUAAGAACCCGAUUGAUCAAUGCAACUCGUUGAAUCCGCUGGUCCUGCCGGAAUACGCACUUCACGUGUUGUUCAAUUUGCUGUUCUUGUUUGCUGGCGAAUGGUUUUCACUUGCCAUCAACAUUCCUCUAAUCGCAUACCACAUAUGGCGAUAUUCAAAUCGGCCGGUCAUGUCGGGCCCAGGGUUGUACGAUCCUACCAGCAUCAUGAACGCUGAUGUCUUGGCCAAAUGCCAACGCGAAGGAUGGAUUAAACUGGCCGUUUAUCUGCUAUCCUUCUUCUACUACUUAUAUGGUAUGAUCUAUUCUCUCAUAUCGACGUAAGUAAUAUCUUAGGACCAAAAAAAGAUAAAAUCAGUCAAUCAAAAACAAAACGUUAUUUAAACCCACAUUAAUACAUAAUGAACAUGAAUUGACACCCAGAUGUCAGUAGUCCAACACAGACCAAUGUUCGCAUUAGUAGUACCACGUUAGCUGUCUCAAUUCCAUACCAAGUUUUGUUGACGGAUUCAUUUUGCCAUCUGCGUUCAUUUUCAUCUUAUUAAGCUCUUCGAACCAUCACAAUAAAACUGUCGGAGAGCUUUCGGUUGCUUAAGAAUUUUAAUUUAUUGAGAUAAACAAUUCUUCUAUACGUUGAACUAAAUACAGAACGUGAAUUUCUGCAGAUGGUAUCGUGCUAUAUGUAAAUUUAUGUUGCAUGAAUGCAAACCUCCAUUUAUCGAUAAUAGUAGGGAGAUUGUGUAGUAGGUAAAUGAAUAUCUGAAAUAAAACUCAUAAAAUAGGUGAAAUAAAAAAAA